CAGGAUGGCUUUGGCGAGGGCCGCAUCGGCUCGCCGCGGUCGCCGACGCGUCCGCACAGCAUGCGCCGGCGGCAGAGCAUGCAGGUGCUCGAGCUCGAAGCCCGUGUCGAGCAGCUGCUGGCCGAGAACCGCAUGCUCGCCGAAGCCCGCGCCCAGGCCGAGUCGUCGCUCACCCACCGCAGCGCCUCCGCGCUGGCCGAGCGCGACACCGAGAUCGAGUCGCUCAAGCGCAUGCUCAAGGAGGCCAAUGAGGUCAUUGACCGCCUGAAGCAGACCAACGAGGGCCUGCGCAGCUCCACCUCGGCCAUCGCCGUCAAGCACCACGACGAGGUGCGCCGGCUCGAGGCCGGCCACGCCCAGACCGCCCGCGAGCUCGAGCUGGCCCGCGACGCCGCCGCCCAGGCCGCCCGCGAGCUGCACGACAAGGACGCCGAGCUCGCCCAGCUGCGCGCCCAGCUCGAGGCCUCCGCGGCCCAAGUCCGCGACCUGCAGCAGCAGAUCCUCGCCCAGGCCCGCCCGGUCGACGACCCGGACUUCCUCGACAUCCACGACAUCGACUACUUCGACCACCGCUGCCAGCAGCUGUGCGCCCACGUGCAGCAGUGGGUGCUGCGCUUCUCCAAGUUCAGCGAUAUGCGCGCCUGCCGCCUGACGUCGGAGCUCAGCGACGAGAAGCUGAUCGACCGGCUCGACAACACCAUCCUCGACGGCUCCAACGUCGACAGCUUCCUCAACGACCGCGUCCGCCGCCGCGACAUCUUCAUGAGCAUGACCAUGACCAUGAUCUGGGAGUUCGUCUUCACCCGCUACCUCUUCGGCAUGGACCGCGAGCAGCGCCAAAAGCUCAAGCAGCUCGAGAAGCAGCUCCUCGAGGUCGGCCCACCGCACGCCGUGCGCCAAUGGCGCGCCGUCACGCUGACCCUGCUCUCGCGCCGCCCCGGCUUCAAGAAGCAGCGCGACCAGGACACCGAGGCGGUCGUGCAGGCCGUGCUCGACACCCUGUCCAAGAUCCUGCCGCCGCCCUCCCACCUCGAGGACCAGAUCCACAGCCAGCUGCGCCGCGUCAUGCGCGAGGCCGUCGGCCUCGCCAUCGAGAUGCGCUGCCAGCGCGCCGAGUACAUGAUGCUGCCGCCGCAGGAGCCCGAGUACGACGACGCGGGCGAGCUCGUCGAGACGGUCCCCUUCAACGCCGCGCUCAUGAACGAGGCCUCGAAUGCCGCUUCCGCUGCUGCGGGCGGAGGCGGCGGCCCGUCCAACGAGGAGCUCCAGGCCGCCGGCGCCAUCGUCCGCGUCGUGCUGUUCCCCCUCGUCCUGCGCAAGGGCGACGACGCCGGCCGCGGCGACGACGAGAUCGUCGUCACCCCCGCCCAGGUGCUCGUCGCGCCGCCGCACGGCGGGCUCGGCCCCGCGAGCAGGCGGGGCUCGCCCGCUGCCGCCGGCGGCGGCGACAGUGCGCUUAGCGCUGCUGGUGGUAAUGAUGGCGCGAAGGGCAAGAAUGUGAGGCUGUUGACGCCCAUCUCGGAGCCCGGCGGCGUCAGCCUCGAGGCGAGGAGCAUUGGCGGCGCCAGCGCCGGCGACAGGAGUCCUAGGCACGGUCCGAGUGGCGGCAGCAGCGUCGGUCGCGGGCCGGCGCAGAGCGAUGUCAGUAUGGAAGGAGGCGGUGGCUAUCUCUGAGUGAUCAAGUUGGGGCCGCCGAAGGGUUCAUGAUAGACGGAUGGGUUUCAUCUGGAUGGGUUUCAUGAAGGAUGUGGGGGUGGGGACGGACACUAAUU